AGCCUCGGGCAGUAAGACCACCGCCGCCCCUCUGCCAUGCUCACUCCCCUUUUCUCAGCGGCCAUGGAGCCCCAGCGCGGCGAGAGGGAGCUCCAGCUUCUCCUCCUCCCCACAACCACGCCUCUCGACGCAGCCUUCCACGCCCCUCGGCCGCCGGCGAGCCCCUCCGACCACCCGCAGCUGGACCUGAGCCUGUCCAUCAGCAUUGGACCACCGCCUGCGCCACAGCCAUCGCCGUCGCCGCCAGCAGCCGCUGCUGACCAGAUCAAGAAGGCGGCAGCGGGGGCGGCGGACGUGCAGGCGCUGAAGCGGCAGACGGCGGAGCAGGCCCGGAUGGCGUCGGCGGAGCGGGCGUACGCGGAGCGCGUGAUGGAGCUGGCGCGGCGGGAGCUAGAGCUGGCGGAGCGGGAGUUCGCGCGGGCGCGGGCCAUCUGGGAGCGCGCCCGCGGCGAGGUGGAGAAGGUGGAGCGCGUGAAGGCCAUGGCCGCGCGCCGGAUCGCCGCCGGCUCCGCCGCGGCGCUGGAGAUCACCUGCCACGCCUGCAUGCAGCGCUUCCACCCUUAAACCACCACCAUAGAUAGACCUCCACUCCAUGCCGUGCAUGUUCUGCUAGCUACCUUAACUAUUAUAUUAGCUGCUAAGAGCUUUGUUUAUGAGUGUUUUUAUGUCAGUUAAUUCAGGCCUCGAUCGCAUCAUCGAUCAUCUGUUGGUGAUUCAGUGGGAAAAAGGAAAGGAAAGGAGCAGAUCAAUGUUC